CUUGCUGAUUGGCCGACCGGGGAGUCGGCCGCUGGGGACUGCGCAGCGGCCGCGCUCGUCCCUGUCCGGUCCUUAGGCCUUGAUCUCUCGGCUGCGGCGAGUGCUCUAUGGUGCUGGCCGCGACAUGUGGCGCCUGACAGGUCUCCUGGGGCGAGCUUUUCCCCGCGUGCUGAGACCUGGCUUCCGAGGGGUAACACCCAGGCCCACCAGUUCAGAUGGGCCUCAGACAUCCUCCACUACCCCACUGCUCCCUAGGCCCAGCAUUGUUAGGUCAGGCUCCUGUGGUCCAAGGAGGAACAGAGACCCAAAGUGCUGUGGGUGGAAAGAUGCCUUCCACUGGAUGUCUGCUCACGUCUCCCCAAACACUCUGCGGGAUGCCAUCUCAUGGGGCUCUCUGGCCGUGCUGGCCUUGCACCUGGCGAGGCAGAUCCACUUCCAUGCACCCCUGAUAGCAGGACCCCAGCCAGCUGAACGCUGCUCUUGGCACAGUCCCCUCUACUGCUUCCUCUCCUCUUCCUGGUGGCACCCACACUCCUCACUUCGGAGGCACGUUCUUCCCAGGCCUGACCACCGAGCUCCCACACACACUGGCCUCAGGGAACCAAGGCUGGGCCAGAAAGAAGUCUCCUCUCAGACCCAAUGCUCCCCUUCAGACAGCUCCCUGACAACUGGCCUUCUAAAUCUCCCUGAAGAAGAUCUCAGUGACUUUGACUUCUUGCAUGUCAGCGGGGACUUCACAUCCCAAGCAAAGGCAACCGAGGCCUGCCCCCCUGGAGAAACAAAUGAACAAGACAAGUCCAAGGCUCUGCCCCUAGAGGAGGCUGUGGCUUCCGUCCAGCAGCUCUUUCAGCUCAGUGUUGCCAUCACUUUCAACUUCCUGGGGACAGAGAACAUGAAGGCAGGGCACCACACAGAAGCCUUCUCUUACUUCCAGAGAGCCGCAGACCGCGGCUACAGCAAAGCACAGUACAAUGUGGGCUUGUGUCUGGAGCACGGCAGAGGCACCCCUCGGGACCUCAGCAAGGCUAUCCUCUUUUACCACCUGGCUGCCAUCCAGGGCCACAGCCUGGCUCAGUACCGCUAUGCCCGGUGCCUGUUGCAAAGUCCAGCCCCUUUGUCAAACCCUGAGCGGCAGAGGGCAGUGUCUAUGCUGAAGCAAGCUGCAGAUUCUGGUUUGCGAGAGGCCCAAGCUUUCCUUGGGGUGCUCUUUACGAAGGAGCCACACCUGGAUGAGAAGAGAGCCGUGAAAUACCUUUGGCUAGCAGCUAACAAUGGGGACUCCCAGAGCAGGUUCCACUUGGGAGUCUGUUACGAGAGGGGCCUUGGAGUUCAGAGGAAUCUGGUCGAGGCUGUGAAGUGUUACCAGCAGUCAGCAGCUAUGGGGAAUGAACCCGCCCAGGAGAGGCUUAGGACCCUCUUUAACGUAAAGGCAGCAGCCCCAGGGCCCAGCAACCUGGCCAUGACAGGACUGAAGUCUUUCUCCAGCCCCUCCCUCUGCAGCCUGAACUCCCUGUUGGCAGGUGCCUCAGGCCUCCCUCAUGCCUCAAGCACUGGGAACCUUGGCCUCCUCUGCAGAAGUGGCCAUCUUGGAGCCAACCAUGGAGCCCCCAGCAGGGCUAUACCAUCCUUGGAAAGAAGUCUCGUGAGGCUGGGUUUCGGCUAAGAUUUCUGUGCCUGAGAGCUCUCAGAGAUAUCACAACUUGAAUCCCAAAGAAGAGGCCGGUUAGCUCCUUACCUUCCCAGGAGCCUCCAGCACCUCCCCAGCACCAUAAAGAAGAGGAAGGCCUGUGAAGUCCUAGGUGUGCCACCUGGAAGCAGUGACCCGAUUUUCCAACAUUAUUUUCUCAAUUCUAGACCAAGGACAGUAACAGGAGCUCUCCUGCCUUAAAAGACUGAGGUGUAGCCAUUUCUCUGCAUCAGGGACCUUAGUCCUUGCUUAGGUUCCUAAAGGCAGAGUGAUGCCCACAGUUCUAUGACCUUAGAGUCUCCAGGCCACCAGGCAUGCGAGUGCCUUUAAUCCCAGCACUUAGGAGGCAGUGGCAGGGGGAUCUCUGCGAGUUCAAGGCCCGCCUGUUCUACAAAGCAAGUUACAGGACAGCUGUACAGGAGGCUACAUAGGGAAUCCCUAUCUCAAAAACAAACAAACAACAACAACAAAAACAGAUUUAGAUGAGGAUCAAAGCUGACAUCAUGACUCCAGCCCAGACUUCUGGUCCACCAGUUCACACUGUAGUGUUAUUUGCAAACAUUAUCGUCACCCUGCAGGUGUGGAGGUCUCAGUAGAGAUUAGGCACCUGGAGUCUUGGAGUCCGAGAAUUGAGAGCGUGAGUCCUUUUUGGGAAAGGUCGGGUAGGAUUAUGCAAGUGUUUAAUAAAACAGAUGGUGGGUUA